UCAAAUUUUUCAACUGCCCUUCAUUCACAGAAUGCCGUGCGGCACAACUUGUCGUUGCACAAAUGUUUCCGACGUGUUGAGACAGCUUCUGGUUCCGUAUGGAUUGUAGAUGAGACAGAAUAUCAGCGACGAAAAGCAAAACGUUGGCCAUUCUUUAUGAGUUUUCGGCAAACUUUUGGUUCGAUCCGGCUAUCUUCCAUUCUACUAAGGCACAUCCACAAACGUUCCCUUUGUACUGAUUCCAAGUCACAGCUAGCGUCAGUCAAAGAAUGUAUCGUCCACAUAUCAGUAGUAUUGUUCGAAGCUAUCUAUUUAAUAAUUGAGUUUAGUUCUUUCUAA